AUGGUGCAGCUCGAGUUAUGGAUCUAUGACCGUGACGUCACAUUAACCGGAAACUGGAAAUCCUGGCUGAUUGGGUGUAUAAUUGCACUAUUGGCCGUCCUCGGGUCCCUUGUCCUCGUGACCUAUGUCCUCAUGAGGAAGAGGAACAUCUUCAUCAUGCGAGUCCUAUACUACUUCCAGCCUCACGAGGAUGAUGAUGGAAAGGAAUUUGAUGCCUUCAUAUCGUACAAGUCCUCACCAGAAGAUGAGACGUUCGUUUAUAGGACUUUGUAUCCCGAGCUGGAAAAACAACGGGGCUUCAAGCUGUGUUUACAUCAGAGAGAUUUUGUCCCAGGAGAAACUAUAGCAAACAACAUCCUAUGGGCCAUCGAGAAAAGUCGGAGAACGAUUCUGGUUCUGUCCCCGAAAUACAUGGAGAGUGACUUUACCAGGUUUGAGUACCAGGUUGCACACAAUGAGAUGCUGAAGCAGAAACACAAGGUCAUCCCUCUCCUUCUGGAGGACAUCAGUCAACAGAAGCAUCUCACAGACAGAACCCUCACCAGCAUCCUCAAGUCGAUCACCUACAUAGAGUGGCCUCGGGACGGAGAAGAGAAUAAGCUCAAGACAUUCUGGCGAAGGCUUGAACUCUCUCUGCCCAAAAGGAAGUUCAGGUCCAUUGAAGAUGGCGGGACAGACACUAAAACAUCAAGGCCUAUAUCUUAUGCAAAUUCUGCUUUUGAAUCCAGUCCGGAAUCUUUCAGUCUGGAACGAAGUGGGGAAAAGUCAGAAAAAGAGGUUUUUUUAAGAUACAAGAUAACUUGCAAGGAAAACAGGGUCCAGCCAAGGACGAUUUGGAGAAGAUUGAUCUGGUGGUAGAAACUGAAGAAAGUAAGAAGCCAUCGAGCAGUAAGAACCUGAAGGACUUUUUCGCAGAACCAUGUAAUGAUGUGUUUAAUGCAAUGCGUG